AGGUGGCAGUGUCGGGCAUAGUGCUCAUCAAGGUGAAGUACGCGCUCGUCAACGCUGACGACGUCGUCAGGAUACCCAAGAAUGUGCUCGAGUCAGACUCACUGGCAGUGUUCCUGGUGGCAGACGACACGCCGUGGUCGGUGGCGCCGCUGUCGUACAUGACGCACCCGGAGUACGAGUACUCCACGCUCAACACCAUCGCCGUCCUCGAGCUCAACUCGGACGACGCACAAGACUAUCCAUUAAAUCCUAUUUGCUUUCCUGAAGCAAUGUUCAACACUUCUGGUUUUUUAUAUCUCACUGGCUACACAGAUGAAAAUCGAGUUUUAGAAAAGGUUAUUUACAAAAUACAGUAUUUGGAGAAAAAAGUUUGUGAAGAAUUUUAUAACAGAGCAGGACUGUCAGAUGCUAAGCGCGCGCCGACCGCAUACGUGUGUGGCUUCGCUCCGUACAACGGGACUCACUGCGUGUGGGACAACGGCAUGGUUCUCGUCUCCAACGCCACCGGGUGGUUCACUCUGGUCGGGUUCGGUGUCCGCGGGCCCGGCUGCGCGGCGCCGGCUCGCUUCAUCGACAUCUUCCAGUACCUGGACUGGAUCAGGUCUGCCACCGCCGAGAACGUAGCCAUGUAUGACGCCAUCGAAGACUACAGGAGAGACAACAGCCAUAAACCGUCCGUCUAGUCCGUACCUAUUUCCCGUAGAGUGGGGGUAUUUAACGUUAAAAGUAAAUAAUUAUUUUUACAAUAAAAGUAUGAAUUUAAGCAACUUAUCUGUAUUUUUCCCGAAUUCCAUAGAUUUUUAUGAAUUUUUCAUUUAGUGGGCCGGAUUUUAAACAUCUCCUUUUCGGAAGUUGUUUUUUUAAGUUUACUGUAAAAUAAAAUAAAGAAACUAAGCAAUAAUUUAUUAAACUAUAUUAUAAGGGCUUUGUUUAUUCAUUUACUAGAAGAAAUUAAUUUUGUUUUGUUUUUGAAGAUUUAA